AUGAUCACAGAGAUCAUGUAUGCCGAUGACCUUUGCUUUUUAGCGGAAACCCCAGAUGGACUUCAGCAGCUGAUGUCGCGUUUUCAUCAGGCUUGCUGCAAAUUUGGCCUAAAGAUUAAUGUCAAAAAGACGGAGGUGAUGUCCACAGACAUGCAUGGUCAUGAGACAUUGUCAAUAAAGCUUGGUGAGGAUGUGCUUCAGCAAGUUGAUAAGUUCUGUUAUCUGGGGAGCACUAUAACAUCUAAGUGUGACCUUGAUGCUGAGAUCAAUAGCAGGAUCGGUACUGCUGCAGCAGUGUUCGGAAAACUAUGUUCCAAGAAUAGAACUACGCACAAUAAUAAAUACCUUAGUGAGUGUAUGUUUGGUGCAGCGCUUAGUGCGAGUGGUCGGAAUGUCAACCAAGAAAGGAUGGUAUCCUGCAGUACGAUUGGUGUUCCGAUGGAAGAAUGGUGGCGGCGGUAUGAGACCAUGGAGCUCGAGGGCACACUCCCCGAAGUAACAACAGUCUGUACAAAACCGACAGACAAGCCAUCUGACAACGGUCUCCUAAGUUGUGAAGCU